CCUUUGUGCUGCAGAGGCGGCGGCGCCACCGGGAGCGGUCCCAGCACCGGGAGCGGCUCGCAGUGGAACUAUGACCCUGGAGGAGCUGCCCGGGGACCACCGCACCGCCGGGAGGAUGGAGCAGGCGGGGGACGCGCUGGAGGAGGUGCUGAGCAAGGCGCUGAGCCAGCGGAGCCUCACCCUUGGUGUCUAUGAGGCAGCCAAGUUGCUUAAUGUGGAUCCGGAUAACGUGGUGCUGUGCUUACUGGCGGCCGAUGAGGAAGAGGAGGGAGACGCGGCGCUGCAGAUCCACUUCACGUUGAUCCAGGCUUUCUGCUGCGAGAAUGACAUCAACAUCCUCCGUGUCAACAACCCGGCACGCUUGGCUCAGCUCCUGCUGCCCGCCGCUGGCCCCGGGCCACCCGCCGACCUUCAUUGCGUCCUCGUCACGAACCCCCACGCCUCGCAGUGGAAGGAUCCAGCGCUGAGUCAGCUGAUGUGCUUCUGCCGGGAGAGCCGGUACAUGGAUCAGUGGGUGCCGGUGAUUAACCUCCCCGAGCGGUGACCGGAGCGCUCGGCUGAACCCGACUGCACUCGAGUUUUGCAAUAACUUUACAAGCAGUUGCUCAGGAAGUAACUCCCUGCCCUGGCACGAGGAUCACCCGGGAGGGAGGGCAGGAAAAAAAAAAAAAAGAAGAAAACAACAAAAAAAUACCCAGAUAAAACUGAUAUCAAAGGGUGGGGGGAGGCUGGAGUUGAGCUACGUGUUGUGUGGGACUGACAAGCGACACGGAGGAGCGUGGAAGUCAAGGGAAGAGAAGCGCCUGCGUGGCUGGAGGAGUGAGCCCCCGGGGUGCUGCGCGGCCAAAUUCCUCAUGGAAAACGCCCGACGCCCUCCACCUAUUUUCUAAGUGCAACUUAACAGCUUCUGGAUUAAAUACCUUAAAGAGCAAGGAAAAAAAAUAAGGUUAAUUGAAACAUUUUACAACCCCUUUUAAUGUAUUUUUUGGGAUGUUAAUUCUCAAGUUUUUAUGCUAAGAUAUAUAAUAAGUUAUUUCAUGCUAUUAUUGAUGGAAAAAUUAUUUAUACCGGGAGGUUUGAGAACCAGAAUGCCCUUAAGCAGUUAAUCUGCACCCACUCUUCAACAGUUGGCUGUUGGAAGCAGCUACAUUAAUGUAAUUGUUUGAAAUCUGAUAGUAUUUAGGGGUUUUUUUGGGUUUCUGGCUUUGGCUUCUUUUGGAAAUAAAAGUUUAAACUCCAA